UUGGAUGGUGGUGGUGAUGGUAUAAAGAAAAAAGAAAAAAAGGUGAGGUGUAUACCAAUAAUAUCCUGAUGCAUCUUUAGUGCAGUGCAGGUACAUCCUCUUUCUUGUACCACUCUGAGCACUGUCCUACAUCCCCUACCAGUAAUUUACCAAACCUCUGCUUUCCAUAAUCAAACAUCACAGUAGGGGUGCCACUUUAACUGGAACACCACCCCGCACCACUUCACCCCUCUUCCUCACUUUGCUAAGUGGUUUCUCUCUCUCUCUCUCUCUCUCUCUCUCUCUCUCUCUGUGCCCCCUUUGGUGAACACUAGGGUCAAUUGCUAGGAGCCAUGGCCUGAGCUCGCUGGUUUCUUGGCAUCUUCGGGUUUGGUGAAGUGAAGUGAGGUGCAGAAUUCAGCUUCUGGGUGUUCGAGUUCAUUGUAGUGUUCUUGGUUCUCUGAAUGAUUCUCUAUGCAUGCUCAGUUGAACCAGAAGGGACUUCAGAAGAAUUUGGGUUCUGAUGAGUUUUGAUUCCUCCAGGUGAGACAAGAAACCAAGUGACGAGUGAAAAGAUUGCUGCGAUCAUUCAGACAUGAACAGCAAAGAGAUGUGCCAAGAACCGUGCGACGAAGAGUCCGAGAUCAGCAGCCAGGCGGCGUCCAACACCGAGGCGUCCAACUCCUCAGGCCUGGUCAGUCUCGACCUCUCGCUCACCGUCGCCGCCGCCGCCACCGAGUCGAGCACCACCGACACCAGCAACGGCGGCGGAGAAGGCGCGCAGGCCACAGCCGCGGCGGCCAGAGAGCCGGCGCGCGUUUUCACGUGCAAUUACUGCCAGCGGAAGUUCUUCAGCUCGCAGGCGCUGGGGGGGCACCAGAACGCGCACCGACGUGAGCGCACGCUGGCCCGCCGCGCGCUGCGGCUCGACGCCGCCGUCCCCUACGGCUACUACGCCGACGUGGCGUCCCUGCCGCUGUACGGCUCCGGCCUGUACCCCAUCGGCAUCCAGGCGCACGCGUCGGCGGCGCACCUGGAGCAGCAUCGGCACCACGACAGCGCCGAGGUGAGGCCCGCGCGGGGGCUGCUUAGCCCGAUGCCGUUCUUCGUGGGCGACGAGGAGGCGAGCUUCGGCUGGCCCGGCAGCUUCAGACCAACUGCCACGGCCGCGCCGGCGGGCAGUGCGGCCCUCAACUCGGUCAGUAGCGUCGUCGUGCAGGUCGGCGAGGAGCCCGAUCUCACGCUUAGGCUCUGAGUGAUCCAUCGACUAGACUGGUGUAAUUCGUCAGGCUACUUCUUCUUCUUCUUUCGAGAUUUCUUGGUCCUGUUUGAUAUUGAUCAGAUCGUCAUCGCGGUCUUGCUUUGAUCAGACUCCUAUUGUUUCGUGUACGCAAGAAUUUUUUUUUUGUACACAGUUUGUAUGAGCGAGAGCCAGAGAUAUGUUUACUCAUCU